GCUCUCCAGGCCCAGAGUCUCUCGAUCCCCACACCCUGGUACCCAACAUGAUUGUCAUUGAUUUUCACUGCAGUAGCAAAGGGGGAAGAAGACAAAUCAUGAAAAAUGUUCAGCUAAGCACCGGCACCAUGGACAUGGAGAUCGAUGCUUUCACACAACAUUCUCAGUUUUGCUGGCCUGCAUGUCUCUGUGCACUUAGGGGAAAGCGCAGAGGCCUGCUUAGAGGAGGCAGCCUUCUGACUAGGGGCAGGGACUGAGGCCCGCAGCCCGGUGUGCUAGCGAGAGCAGCAGCCGGCCAAGAAGGUUGGAGAAAGUCCGGUUUUGUUUGUGUGGCAUCAGGACCGGUGCUGGCUGGCUGGCUGGCUGGCUAAAAUCCUUUCUAGUCCCUUGGAUUUCCAGGGAGUCUGGGUUAAUCCUACUUUAAAUCUGGACCUUCCUUAUCGCAUUUCGUCCUUCUCCCCUUUCUCUGACCAGUUCCUCUCUGCCUUUGUCUCACCAUGAGGCUUGGUAGCUUCCUUUUCACACUCCCUGGAUUCUGUGAGGCUGUGCUGAUGAGCACUGUGGAGUCCAGACCCUUUGGGUCCCUCGUGGACUCUACAAGAAUAGAGUGGGGGAAGAAUAAGGCGAGAUCUGCCUUGUAGAGGAAUUGAACCUAAAAUCAGGCAGCGAGAAUGUCAUGUACAAAGUAUUUCCAUAAGUUAUAUGGAACUUAUUUGUGUCACAUAGAAUCCUGCUCAAGUAUGCUCAGAAGAUCUGGGGAGGAACAGGACAGACAGAGCCAGUGAUGAAGGCGAGAAUUCGAUUCCUAGAGCACCAUGCGGUGGGGGGCUGAUUAUGUGAGAGCAGCUGCUGCUGGACAGAUGUUCGCGGCACCAGCGGAUGGUCUUGGGCUCUCGCUGUCCUCUACUGGGAGCUACAGAAGGAGCAUCACGGUGGUGGCUUGUAAAACCAUCACACGAGUAAGAGAGACGUGAGGGACAGAAGUAUCCCAAGCAGGGCUGAUGUUAGCUUCUAGAAGGUAAAACCUGGAAGGCCGCUUGAAGAGCUGGUGGGAAUCUAGAUGAAUGUCUUCGUCUUACCCGCAGGGGAACUGAGGGUCAAGGAUGAGAACGGCCCAGGUUCACAGGAAACUGGGGAGCAGAGCUGGCUUUGGAUCCCCAGGCCGGAGUUCCUUCCACACCACGCUGAUGCGUGGAGAAAGCAGUCGGGAGGCCUCGGGAAAGUUACAGAAGUGACCAGGCCGUCCUCAGGUACAUAAGCCAUCCCACACCUGCCCUUUUGUGGGAGAGUCUAGGCGGGACACCUUCAGUCCAGAACCAGCAAGAAGCCUCAUUUCCAUGGAAGCACAAAGGGCAGCGAGCUUUUCUCUUUGGCCUCCCUUACUUCGUGAAUCUCUGCUCUUUUCACCUCAUCCUGGCACGUUUCCCAGCGCCCUACCUCUGCCAGGAUGACGGGAGGGGACAUGACUGCCUGCUGCUCAAACACCAUUGGCUGUCCAGUCACAAGACAUAUGUUUCCAUCGUGUCGUGGACGCCUCAGACAAGCCCUGUUUGUCUGCUGAUGGAUUGCUACAAAGAUGUGAAAGGCACCAUCUACGAAUAUGACGCCCUCACUCUUAAUGGAAAGGAACACAUUCAGUUCAAGCAGUACGCGGGCAAGCACGUCCUUUUCGUCAACGUGGCCACCUACUGCGGUCUGACGGCUCAGUAUCCUGAACUGAACGCACUUCAGGACGAGCUGAAGCCCUGGGGCCUGGUCGUGCUGGGCUUUCCCUGCAACCAGUUUGGGAACCAGGAACCAGGAGAGAACUCGGAGAUCCUUCCGGGGCUGAAGUAUGUGCGUCCAGGGAGAGGAUAUGUACCGAAUUUCCAGCUUUUUGAGAAAGGGGAUGUGAAUGGCAAAACAGAACAGAAAGUCUUCAGCUUCUUGAAGCUCUCCUGCCCUCACCCCUCUGAGGUGCUGGGCUCUUCCAGACACAUAUCCUGGGAGCCGGUAAAGGUCCACGACAUCCGCUGGAACUUUGAGAAGUUCCUGGUGGGGCCCAACGGGGUCCCUGUCAUGCGCUGGUUCCACCAGGCUCCCAUCAGCACCGUCAGAUCGGACAUCCUGGAGUACCUGAAGCAGCUAAAAACGAAAUAGGAAUCCCGUGUGUGGGGCGGGAGCCAUCCUGCUUCUUACCUGAAGACGUUUUUAAAAAAUUCCGUGUUUCACUACGCUGUCUUCCUAAAUGGCCUCCACUCAACUCAGUCACUCUAUCCUGCCGAAGUUCCCCCUCUCUACCAAGUAGAUUGACGCUCAGAAGGCUGCUGCUAUUUCUCCUUGUAAGAGUACGGACGUGGGAGAAGCACAAAACACUGGAAACCCUACAUCCUCAGACGCCUGUUACAGAUGUCAUCACUCCUAUCCGUCAAGGGAAAAUCAGCCUUCCGUGAGGAUGGGUCAGUCUGCCACAAUAUCCUGGAGAAGUGCGUUCCUAGACACCACGUUGCCCCUGCUCUCUCCACCCGACAGGUGUAGAAAGAACAGUGGGGUGGUAGCCACACAGUCUGGGUUCCACCUCAUAACGUUUUCCCUCCCCUAAGGACAAACACGCAUUGUCAGUUCCCAAGUCUUUUCAGAUCAUCGUUCACCAGUGACACCCACCGUCCCACAUGCACACCGACCUGUCAUUCUGGUUUAGGAGCCCUGGGGUGGAGUGGGAGCAGGGGACUGCCUCGCAUGAAGGGAGGGGCAUCUCCAGAGCCUCCCUCUCACUUAGAUCCUACAGAAACUUUCCUAGGGUCUGACCUCUAGUGACUCAGGCUACGACACCCGGGCCAGGCACCCUUGGAAGGAUGGGCUUUCCUCUCUCCACCCUACGUUCCUCAGCAUCACAGCCAGCCCUGUCCUGUCCCAAUAAAAUGUUUUCUGCAGCA